UUCCUAUCUCGAUGCUAGCGGCAUGUAGACACUAGCCAGCUCCUAAGAUGAAGGCUGAGCGUGCAAAGCGAUGCAAUAACGCAUUGCUUUGCAUAACUUUUGAUAGGAAACAUUAGCAUUUGCACACCUGACAGUCGUGGGACACUCCUUGCUGCUGCAGACAGCCAGUAGCAGCCUCGCCGGAGAGCCCAUCAUCAAGCGGCGACAGGCGCGCGUGACAAUAACCAGCCGCAAAUGACGCUGUCCAGCAACAGCAAAUCAGCCGCACUUGCAGGAGCAGCCGCCCUCGCCGCCUGCGCCUACGCCUGGCACCUCCGCAAGCGACUAGAAAGAGAGCAGCGGCUCCGCAAGGAGGAGCGCAAAGGAAGAACAAGAGCUGAGGCCGCCUUACGCAACCUGAGCAAGCAGCGCGACCGCAUCCCGACGCAGUCGCUGCGGACAAGGCAAGUGGCCGCGAUCGGGCACGUCGAGACGCCCUUCGUCAAGCGGAGCGGCACGCCGCGGCAGGGCAUGGUCUGCCCGUCGUCGCGCGGCGUCGUCAAACUCGAUCAAGCAGCACAUGCCUGCCUCAGCAGAGCGGCCCUGGACGGCCUCGAGGACUACUCGCACAUCUGGGUGCUGUUCGAGUUCCACGCGAAUACCGAUAUGCAUUUUAAGGCCGCGAAAGUCGCGCCGCCUCGAGGCUAUGGCGCGAAGGUCGGCUGGCUGGCCACGCGGGCGCCGCAUCGAGCGGUCCCCGUCGGCCUGUCCCUUGUGAAGGUCGAUUCUGUGGAUGCCAAGAAUUUGCAUAUACACAUCUCGGCUUUAGAUUUGUGUCACGGGACGCCCGUCUGGGACAUAAAACCCUACGUGCCUUGGGAUGCCCCACAAAGUGAAAUAAGGUACCCGGCCUGGGUCUCGCGGAACGACGUCCUGAAGGGUGUUCGCUGGGAAUCUCAAGCUUUAGAUGCCCUACGCAAGCUCGCGCCGUCUCUACUCGAGACGUACGGCUUCCCGACGGACGCCCUGGACGACGCCCAGAAGACGCUCGAGGAGGUCCUCGUGCAGGACCCGCGCAACAAGCGGCGGCGCAAAACGCGGGGCCCGGACGGCGCCGGCGCGGGGACGGGGGCGUCGUACCGCAUCCCCUUCGCUGGCUUGGACGUCGACUUCCGCGUCGACGAGUCGCGCACGGUGGUGGUCGAGGCGGUCGCUCUGGGGGCGGAGGACGGGGACCUGCUGCGGACGGAGGUCGUGGAGUAAGUUGUUGUGUGUUCGAUAAUACCAAACUUACGCG